ACUUCUCCAGGUUCCGCCGGGAUGCAGGACUCUGGCGGCCCACCGGCGCCGGCAUAGAGACUACACCUCCCGGAGUACUCAGCGGCAGCGAGAGUCCUUGCGCAUGCGCGCCGCGUAGCCAGCUGGGCUUGGUGGCAGGGCUGCAGCGCCCCUCGAGCGGAGGACGGGGACGGGGGCGGGGCAUCCGCCUUCCGGAGCCGAUGUGUGCUGGAGGCGCCGUGACGCUGCGGCGUGCGCUCCGCAGCGCGGGAAUAAAGUCUGUCGAAUUGCUUUUUAGCCUGGAUGCCUGGGUUCCAGGCCCUGCUGUUGUGGCGCUUCACAAGUCACCCGGCUGAAGGAGGAGGCCGGUUGAACUGACUCUUCUCAGGAGCCUGUUAAAGAUGAAUGAAAAAAAGUUGGAAACAACUCCACAGCAGCGGAAACUUCCUGAAUGGAUGUCUGUGCAGAAUGAGACCUGUCCUGCAGUAGAAGGAAAGGCAUCUAUUCAGAAGAGUGUUUUCGAAGAUGACCUCCCUUUCUUAGAAUUCACUGGAUCCAUUGUUUAUAGUUAUGAAGCUAGUGAUUGUUCUUUUCUGUCAGAAGAUAUUAGCACGAAUCUGUCUCCUGGAGGUGUGGUAGGAUUUGACAUGGAAUGGCCACCAGUAUACAAUAAAGGGAAACGAAGCAGAGUUGCUCUGAUUCAGUUAUGUGUGUCAGAGAGCAGAUGUUACUUGUUUCAUAUUUCUUCUAUGUCAGUUUUUCCUCAGGGAUUAAAAAUGUUGCUUGAAAAUGAAGCAAUUAAAAAAGCAGGUGUAGGAAUCAAAGGAGAUCAGCGGAAACUUCUGUGUGACUUUGAUAUCGAUUUGAAGAAUUUUGUGGAGCUGACAGAUGUUGCCAAUGAAAAGCUGAAAUGUACAGAGAUCUGGAGCCUCAAUGGUUUGGUUAAACACCUCUUUGGCAAACAGCUUCUGAAAGACAGAUCUGUUCGCUGUAGCAAUUGGAGUGAUUUUCCUCUCACUGAGGAUCAGAAACAAUAUGCAGCCACUGAUGCGUAUGCCGGUCUCAUCAUUUAUCAAAAAUUAGAGAUUUUAGGUGAUGCUGUGCAAAGGUUUGCUAUAAAUAAAAAAGAGGAGGAAAUGCUACCUAGUGAUGUGAAGAAACAAUUGACUUCAAUCUCUGAGGAUAUGAUGGAUCUGGCUAAGCAUCUUCCUGACACUUUGAAAAAAUUGGAAAAUCCACAGAGGAUUUCUAUACUAUUAAAUGGUAUUUCAGAAAAUCUGUAUUCAUUGAAGAAGCUGCUACUUGGUUCUACCGAGACCAUUCAGUUUUUACCAUUGGAAGAUCCAACUGCUGAUGGAGUACAACAGAAACAAAUUAGAGAACAUGUAAUUUUUAGUAAAGUUAAAGAAGAGACAUGGGACACAACACUUGAUAACUUAAUAAAACAUGAUGAAGGAAAUGUACUUCAAAAUGAAGUGAAACAAGAAGAAGAUGGAGUUGAAGCUGGAUUAGAAGAAGGCAAUAAGUUGGAAGAGAACACAGAAAGAAUUUGUUUGAUGUCGUUAGAUGUUACAGAACACGAACUCCAGAUUUUGGAACGGCAGGCUCAGGAAAAAUUUCUUAAUGAUGUUACUUGCAAAUCUCCUGAGCAUUUUUCUUCCAAGGAUAAUGAAGAGGAUCUAUCUUAUGUAAUUGAAAGUGAUGAAGAUUUAGAAAUGGAGAUGAUUAAGUCUUUAGAAAAUCUAAAUACUGGCACGGCAGAUCCGGUUCAUCCAAAAUGCAUAAAAAUGGAAAGAAAUCUGGAUGUUCCUUUUGAAGAUGAUGAAGAUGAAAUUGAAGCUAUUGAAGAAGAAGAAGAUGAUGAUGCAGACCAUUCAUUACCAGGACCUAAUGCAAGCCAAAUUAAUUCCCUCAAGACCUAUUUUGGCCAUUCCAGUUUUAAGCCGGUUCAGUGGAAGGUGAUUCAUUCUGUUUUGGAAGAAAGAAGAGAUAAUGUUGUUGUGAUGGCAACUGGAUAUGGAAAGAGUUUGUGCUUCCAGUACCCACCCGUGUAUUCAGGCAGAAUUGGCCUUGUCAUCUCUCCUCUUAUUUCUUUGAUGGAAGACCAAGUGCUCCAGCUUAAAAUGUCCAACAUUCCAGCUUGUUUUCUGGGAUCAGCACAGCCAAAAAAUGUUCUAGAAGAUAUUAAAUCAGGCAAAUAUCGGAUUAUAUACAUAACUCCAGAAUUCUGUUCGGGUAACUUGAGCCUACUCCAGCAACUUCAGGCCAGUAUUGGUAUCACACUUAUUGCUGUGGAUGAGGCUCACUGUAUUUCUGAAUGGGGACAUGAUUUUAGAAUUUCAUUCCGGACUUUGGGCUCCCUAAAGGCAUUACUCCCGUCGGUUCCAAUUGUUGCACUCACUGCUACUGCAAGUUCUUCAAUCCAGGAAGACAUUGCACGCUGCUUAAACCUGAAGAAUCCUCAGAUUACCUGUACUGGUUUUGAUCGACCAAACUUGUAUUUAGAAGUUGGGCGAAAAACAGGAAACAUUCGUCAGGAUCUUGUCCAAUUUCUUGUCCAAAAGACAAGUUCCACCUGGGAAUUUGAAGGUCCAACUAUCAUCUAUUGUCCUUCCAGAAAAAUGACAGAACAAGUUACAGCUGAACUUGAGAAACUGAAGUUAGCUUGUGGAACAUACCAUGCAGGGUUGGAUGUUAAAUCAAGGAGAGAGGUUCAUCAUAGUUUCAUGAGAGACGAAAUUCAGUGUGUCGUGGCUACCAUAGCUUUUGGAAUGGGCAUUAAUAAAGCUGACAUUCGCAAAGUCAUUCAUUAUGGUGCUCCUAAGGAAAUGGAAUCAUAUUACCAGGAGAUUGGGAGAGCUGGCCGUGAUGGACUUCAGAGUUCUUGUCAUAUACUCUGGGCUCCAGCAGACAUUAACAUAAAUAGGCACCGCCUUAGUGAGAUUCCCAAUGAAAAGUUUCGAUUAUACAAAUUACAGAUGAUGGCAAAGAUGGAAAAAUAUCUUCAUUCCGGAAGAUGUAGGCGAAAACUCAUCUUGUCUCAUUUUGAAGACAAACAACUACGAAAGGCCUCCAUGGGUAUUAUGGGAACUGAAAAAUGCUGUGAUAAUUGCAGGUCCAGAUUGGAUACUUGCUCUUCCAUUGAUGACUCAGAUGAUUCAUCACAGGACUUUGGUCCACAAGCCUUCAAGCUAUUAUCUGCUGUGAAAAUCUUAGGAGAAAGGUUUGGAAUUGGGCUUCCGAUUUUAUUUCUCCAAGGAUCUAAUUCCCAGCGACUUGCCGAUCAGUAUCGCAGACACAGUUUAUUUGGCAGUGGCAAGGAUCAAACGGAGAGUUGGUGGAAAGCUUUGUCCCACCAGCUCAUGGCUGAGGGAUUCUUGGUAGAAGUUCCUGUUCCUGGGAAACACAAAUUUGUAAGGAUUUGCACUCUUACAGAAAAGGGCAGAUGUUGGCUUCAUGAAACCAGUACAGAGUUUUCUAAGAAACUUAUCCUUCAGACUAAUGAAUUGUGUCCGAGGGUGUUUCUUCUACCAAGUGAACAGCAUUCCUCUAAUCAAGUACCAACUGAAUUAACCACGGAGACGAAGCAGCCUAACUUGGAGAAGAUGUACUCUUAUAAAGGAUCUGAUAAAAUUUCUCCUGGGAGAAACGUUCCUAAAGAAAGCAUCACGGUACAUUCACCAGGAAAAUCUUACAAGUCCUCAGAACCUGUUAUUUCAGCUCAAGAGCAGGAGGCUCAGACUAUGUUAUAUGGCAAAUUGGUUGAAGCCAGGCAGAAACAUGCCAAUAAAAUGGAUGUCCCUCCAGCUCUUCUGGCAACAAAUAAAAUACUGUUGGAUAUGGCCAGAAUGAGACCUACUACAUUUGAAAAUGUGAAAAGGAUCGAUGGUGUGUCUGAAGGCAAAGCUAAUAUGUUGACCUCUCUGUUGGAAGUCAUCAAACAUUUCUGUCAAAUAAAUAGCAUUCAGACAGACCUCUUUUCAAGGACAAAACUUCAGGAAGAACAAAGGAACAGUGUGGUGGUAAAAAAUGAAGUAUGCUGCCUUUCACAGUCUGUGGCCAUCACAUAUUAUUUAUUCCAAGAAAAGAAGAUGUCUUUGAUAAGUAUAGCGGAGGACAGGAAAAUGCCUCUCACAGCAGUUGGGAUGCACUUAACCCAAGCGGUGAAAGCUGGCUGCCCGCUUGAUAUGGAACAAGCAGGCCUGACUCCAGAGGUUCAGAAGAUUAUUGCUGAUGUUAUCCGAAACCCUCCCAUCAACUCAGAUAUAAAUAAAUUUAAACUAAUUAGAAAGCUGGUUCCUGAAAACAUUGAUACCUACCUUAUCCACAUGGCGAUUGAGAUCCUGGAAAAAGACUGUGACAACAGACUCUUAGACCAGCUUUCAUGUGCUUCCAACAGAAAGAGAGAUUUCCCCAACUCUGAAGAGAGCUGUUUAAGUUCUAAGAGAAGCAGGGAAGAAGUUGAUGGAAAACGUCCUUGUGAUUUUUCACCAAAAGAUGAGAGUCACAGAAAUUCCCUAAGACCAACUUCUUGGAAUCAGCCAACCAGUGAUUCAGAAACAGAUUUAUUUACAGAUUCUCAUUUACAGCCUGCAUCUGUAACCUCAGAGAGAAAACUACCUGAGUGGUUUGCCAAAGACAAUGAGACUUUAGCUGACACCAGCAAGAAAUCAACGGCCAAACCAAAAAAGAAAGGUCUUUUUAGUUAACCUGGCAAUUGCCAGAGGAAUUGUGUGUGUCUUGCUGUAUUAUAAGAGGGGCACUGUGUUUCAUUUUUUGAAAAUAGUGGAGGCCGAUACUUCAGUUUACAAAGUGUUCUAAUCUCAAAAGUAAAACUAACCCAUUUGUUCAACAGCUGUAAAACAGCCUUGUGCAGUUUACUAAAGUUGAGUCUGCUGAGAGCCUGUGUGAGUACAUCAUAGAAUAGAAUAAUAAAUUGGUCUCCUUUAAGAUUGCUUUAAGAAACUGUGUUACUGCUCUCUUUUCUAAUCUUUUUUAUUUCAACAGUAUGUUUGGAAAAUUUAAGGGGUGCUGAUUUGAUACAAAUAAUGGACUGGUGGUAGUUGUAUGAUGAUUACCAGUGUGAUAGAAAAUCUUCAUCUAUUACCAGAAUUCUUUCUUGUGAAUGAAGGAAGCAUAGUUAUUUUUACUUAUUGUCCUUACGUAUCCUUACAAGAAACUCUUACACACAUUGAUAAGUGGUAUUAGUGGACCAGACCGUUGAAAAUGAAACAUUCUGGGUUCCGUGCAAGUAGGGAAAAAUAAUAUAACAAAGGAGACCAACUUGACUAGGCAACUAUGUACUUUGUAUGCUAUUUCUGUUAUUUUGCAAAUACUAAAUUCCUUCAUACUGAAUAUUACAAAUAUAUAUAUAUAUUUUACUUUUAUUUACUUAAUUACCUUGAGGGCUUUUAGUUUUUGAGGAUGUUGGGAUUUGAUUCUAACCUCUUUAUGUAGCACAUAGUAGACUUCUGUAUUGAAACCCGUACUCUGAUACUGAGUUUGGUAAACCAUAGUUAAUAUCACUUUAACCAGUUCACCAUAUGGCCUUUAACUGACAUUUUUGUAACUAAAAAUAGCGGUUAAUAAAGAAGAAAUAUUGUAGAAGAACUAGAAAAUUUGGAGAGAUUAAAAAAAAAGAAAAUAAAAAUCACCAGUCAUUCUAUCAGCAGAUAAUCAGUUAACCCCUUCUGUGUAGCCUGCUAAGCCUCUGUAUUCACUGCUUCUCUUAGUGUGAUACAUGAAUAAUGCAUGAAUGUAUUUUCUUUGUAAAACAUUUAAGUUAAAACACAAAAGUUCCUUGUAUUCCCAUUUUCCUACAUCUCUUUACCAUUCCCUUUCCAGAAGGUAGCUCCUUUUAAAUAUGUGACUUAAAGUUCUCUAAUCAUUCCUUAUGCAUUUACAUGCUUUUGCAUAUAUAUCUACACAUACAUUCCUAUUUUUUAAAAUGAAUUAGAUCAUGCUAUAUGCAAUUUUCUGCAACAAACUCUUUUCACUUAAUAUGUCAUGAAGAACUUUCCAUGUCAGUAUAUAUUGGUCUGUCUCAUUUUUUUUUCAUAGCUACCUACCAUUCUAUAUGGUGAAUGUACUAUAUUUUAUAUAAUCACUUUUCUAUUGGUGAUUUUUUUUUGUUUUUUUCUAUUUUAGAUUAUUUGUAGAAGUAGAAUUAGAGGCUCAUAUUUAUAUUUCACUUGAAUAUAUUAUGAACAUUUUUUUUCCAUGUCAUUAAAUUGUUUUCCACAGAAUCUUUUUUGGUGGCUUUACAGUGAUUCUCAAAGUGUGGUCCGCAGACUUUUAGGAGUUUUUGAGACUCCUUCAGGGAAUUUGCAAAGGCAAAACUAUUUUCAUAAUACCAAGAUAUUAUUUGCCUUUUGUCCUAUGUUAUUUGCACUGAGGGUGCAAAGCAGUCGUGGGUAAAACCACUGGUACUUAAGUGCAAAUCAAGGCAAUGACACCAAAUUAUUGAUUUCAUUAAUUCUCAGUCUUUAAACACACAUCUUUUCAAUCUUCUAUGUGAUGGAAUGGCAAGUAUGUAUAAAACACUUCUGCUCUGUACCAGAGUAUGAUGGUUGUCUCCAGGAAAGGCUCCUGUUUGAUUGUUUGAAUUAUGAAUUGAAUUAGUUCUUUUUCCAUGGCAUAUCAUUUUUUACUGAAAAGAAUGACUGAUAGAAAACCAUGAUUGGUUGUUGAGACUUGGGCAUUUGGUGGAUAAAAUUGAAUGAAGCCAUCUUAUCACUUCAGGGAAAACUGAUGGUUAUUUGUUGGCAAUGAUAAAAUUUGAGAUUUCUGGCAGAAUUUGUACUUUUGGAAAACUUGUGUCUGCUGCCAGGAGUUUGAUAGCUUCCCAUAAUAUAAAGGCUUUUCUAAUGAGAUAUUGUUCAUACAAUUAACAAUAUUUUUGGACAUCUUACAAUGAUAUUGUCAACAAUUAGAAGAUCUGCACAACUCAGUGAACUAAUAUUUUCUACAUGACUAAUACAUGAUCUUAUAAAAUCAUGCAUGAGUAAAAGAUUCAUGCAAACCGCACAACAGUCCAAUGGAUUUUAAUGUAGCAUGGUAUGAAAACAUUUGUUUAUAUGGUUUCAGAUUGCACACUGCAAUCAGUCUUUAAGAAACUACAGGUGUCCAGUUGUGGUAUAGUUUCAAAGAAGAAUGUCUACAAUUAUCUGAAAGAGCUAUUAAAACACUCCACCCUUUUCCAACUACAUACCUGUUUAAGGUCAUGCUUUCUUCAUAUAUGUCGACCAAAAGAACGCAUGCUGAAUGUUAGAAGCAGAUUGAAUGUAGAAGCAGAUCUGAGAAUCCAGCCACUUCUGUGAAGUCAGACAAUGCCAUUCUUCUAUCUUGUGGGGGAUAUUUUUGUAAAAUGUAUUUUUGUUAUCAUGUAAUGGAUUUACUGCUGCCUUUUUUAAAAAAUUAAUAAACAUUUCUUA